UUUAGGGAUCCAAUGAUGCAAUGACCAGAAAAACCAAAAGUUCCAAUUCAGGGGAUCAACUGGGAAUUUUUCUUUUUUGUCUGAGUCUCCCCUCUUCGGCUCCACUUGGUAGCCCCGGUAGCCCUGGAAGAAGUUCGGUCCAGCUGUAGAUCGGGGCCUAGAGCAGCGCCGGUUUCCCACCAGAGCCACUCAUGAGAAGGCCCAAGAGCUUGGCCGUUGAAGCCUCCAGCUACUAUUUGCUCCUGAGUGGUGGAGGAUGGAUACUCAAUGUACUACUAACUCUGGACUCCCUAUCCAUGCCUACAGCAUCCGGCUCUUUAUACGGAGAACGGCCUUCCCCUCAUGGCUAUCGCUGCAUAAUACCAUUCACUUUUUAUGUCUGUUGGCUGCAUUGCUUGUCUUUUCUCUCUUCGCUCCUUUGCAUGGCAUGGUUCCUUUUGACUUAUAGUUUUUCUCGAAGCAUUCUUCUCCCUCCGCGGUUCUAUUUAUAAUUUUCUGGUCUGGUCGGGUCUUAUUCAAUUAAUUGCUCAGAAAAAAAGCGUUCUUCGAGUUUGCAUUGCAUAAGACUUGGUUAUCAUCUUUCGUUCUUUAUCAAUACUAGUCCAGAAAGCCUUUUUCAACCUGACUGCCGCUUGUCGGUCUCUUCCCACGAAUGCGCCCGUUCGCUCUACUCUCUAAUUAGAAGAAUUGACAUAAAGUCAUGCGUUUCUUACAAUGUCUUCUCGCUACAACAUCUCUUUACACUAGUGUCACGGCAUUUGUGCCCUACCACAUAGAGCUUAGUGAAUCCGUUACCGAUGCUACCAGUGAUAAGCUACAGCGUCGUUUUUUCCCAUAUGAGUUGCCGUCAGAGGAUGUGAAGGAUGAACUGGAAUCAUCCACCGGGGAUGAUACUCUCACCCUGGACAUCAAAAGGGCCUCGUUUCGCCGUGACAACAAUUUCAAGAUCAUGUUAUCAGAUGAUCCGACCUCACCCAACACGGCCGCGCUCAACCAAGGCGGCAAUGACUACACCUACUUUGCAGCCGUCAAGGUUGGCUCUCAAGGUCAGAAGAUGUGGAUGAUGCUCGACUCCGGUGGUGUCAAUACAUGGCUCUUCGGGUCGGACUGCACGACGAAUUCCUGCAAACUACACAACACGUUUGGUGAACACGCAUCGACGAGCCUCCUACUAACCAACAAGAAAUGGGGCGUGGGGUAUGGAACCGGGCAGGUUAGUGGAGUCCUCGGAAAUGACACCCUCUCGAUUGCUGGUAUGAAUGUGCGUAUGUUGUUCGGGCUGGCUUCCAAUGCGUCGGACCAGUUCCAGAAUUACCCCAUGGAUGGUAUCAUCGGCCUUGGCCGCGCUGAGGAAGGGUCGUACGGUCCUUCAUUUAUGGAGGCCGUCAUAGAGCAGAAAGCCCUCAAGUCAAAUAUUGUCAGCUUCAGCCUCUCUCGCGCCGCCGACGGAGGGAAGGAUGGUGCUGUGACCUUUGGUGGCGUCGACAAGACUAAAUUCACCGGGAACAUUUCGUACACCGACGCUCUCAGUGGUAAUAAUCGCUGGACCAUCCCUCUGGAUGAUGCCAGCGUGAAUGGCAAUGCCUGCAAUUUCGUCAACAAAACGGCCAUCAUCGACACCGGCACAUCCUACGCCCUGAUUCCGCCAAAGGACGCUGCCGCAUUGCAUAAGUUGAUUCCGGGUUCCAGUGCCUCGGGAGGCGAAAACUUCGUUAUCCCUUGCAAUUCCACCGCCAAGGUUGAACUCACGUUUUCAGGCCAGAGUUACACAAUCUCCCCCAAGGAUUAUGUCGGUUCGAAGUACGGGUCGGGUUGUGUCUCAACGAUCAUCGGCCACCAGAUGUUCGGUGACAACGAAUGGCUUGUUGGCGAUGUCUUCCUCAAGAACGUGUAUACAGUGUUUGAUUUCGACAAAGACCGCGUCGGGUUUGCGGUGCGUGGGAACUCCAGCGCAAAGACAUCUACAACAACUACCAGUGCCACCGGAACUGACAAGGCUGACUCCGCUACUGCCGCCACUGUGAGCUCAACUACGACAGAAUCUACCUCUGCUGGCAUGAAGGCCGGCAUACAUUAUUUGCCUGCCUUGAUGGUCGUCCUGUGCACACUUUGGCUAGCCUAGUGUGAUCACGCGACUCUCAGUAGGCUUGCUACUAUUUCUUGCAUAUAUAACACUACUACGGAGUAUUCGACCCAGUAUCCGAUAGAACACGGUGGCCAUAGCAUCAGCGGCUGGAGUUGUGGUCAACCUCAAGACUUUCUGUAUAUUCUCCUGUCAAUAUCUUGGCGGACACAUCUAUCAUCCUGCCUCCUGGGACACACCUUGCAUAUAUGUGUGAUGUCUCCAGUCUAUGCCUAUAUAUUCGAGUUAUACCAUCUCAAUACCGGUAAAUAGCCACUUUUUCAGCCCGGACAAGUAUCAGUUUUUCAUCCGGACUAUCUAGUCAAGGAAACAUAUUCAGUUCAACUGCCUCAAAGGCCAAUAGCACUGUAAUUAACACAUAGCCCUUGACCUCAGAGGUGCCAUUAAGGUAAAAACUCGCCCAACCAUACGUCACUGAGCCCCAGAAACUCCCAGAAAACAGCAUAAGAAACACAAGUUAAAUUCUCUACAGUAUUAGACCCCCUUUAGUCCAUCCACCAAGUCCCACCUUCUCGGACACAAACCACCCAAGGAUCCCAGCCCCGACGCCUUGGUUAUUUGGCAUAAAUGGCUUAUGCCCUGAUCGGAUCUGAGACCGUGGGAUUGAUAUAUAGUAUAAUGAUAGCUGA